AUGCCUUCCGAAGUCUCCGAUAUCAAGCAGUUCAUCGAGAUCUGCAGGCGCAAGGAUGCUAAGUCUGCCCGCAUAAAGAAGAACAAGAAGGUCAACAACAUCAAGUUCAAGGUCCGAUGCUCAAAGAACGUCUACACCCUCGUCCUCAAGGACAGCGAUAAGGCCGAGAAGCUCAAGCAGAGUCUGCCCCCGGGUACGCAACCUCCAUCCUCUCGAGAGGAUCAAACUCCAGUUGAAAGCGACAUGACACAACGAGACACGCAUGCUAAUCAAUCUCCUACAGGUCUUGCCAUCUCCGACGUCGGCAAGAAGAACCCCAAGGGCAAGCACUCCGCAUAA